ACCAAGCUGAACAAACAAAAUGAAAAAUGAAUUACAUUAAGUUGCUGUCACCCUAGGCAAGGGGGCUCUGUGGCGCAGUGAAUUGUGAGGCAAGUUGCAUGGAACAUAGUGUAAGACCACCUUUACACAAUGGUGUUACAUUUGUAAAGUUUGUCAAGAGCCAUUACAGUUCAUUUUAUGGUCAAGGUCAAGUAAUAAAUGGAAAGUGAAUGGAAUGAAUCCUCUGAAGGAUGAUUUGUGUUAUUCUAGUGGCGGGACACGGUACUCUUCUUGAAAAACAAAUCAAAGAUGAUUUAUCAGGGAAAUACAUUGGUUUGCAAGGAGUUCCCAAAGCACUCCUUCCUGGUGUUGGAGGCAAGUCUAUUCUGGACUUUUGGUGGGAGGCAAUCAAAAUGAGGCAGUUAUUCACUGAUGUGUUCCUUGUAACCAAUGCUGACAAGUAUAAAUACUAUGAGAGAUGGGCCACAGCACACGAUUUUCCAGUAGAAAAUAUUGUAAAUGAUGGAACUACCACCUUUGAAACAAGACUACUUGAAAAUAAAAAGCACAGAAUAAAGAAUUCUAGGAUCAUUCAAUCAGCUCAAGGACUUGGUGCAGUAGCUGACUUUGAGCUGGUUGUGAGAACCAAGAAUAUUCAAGAUGAUGUUGUGGUGGUGGCAGGAGACAUGCUUUUCCAAGAUGGUAACUUUGACAUGGCACAAGUGAUCAAAUACUUCAAACUCAAAAAGGGUGAGUUGGCCAUUUACUAUGAAAUGCAUGGGAUGGAGCAGACAGAAACGAGGGGUAUUGUGGAGGUCUGCCCUUUGACAAACAGGAUUGAAAGAUUCCUGGAGAAGCCCAAACCUGAUCAAACAACAUCAAGGCUAGCAAGUGUAGUGUUCUAUUGCUUUCAAAAAGAAACCCUCAGUACUCUGGAGAUUUAUUUGAAGAAAAGAGCUGACAUUGAUCAACGAGGAUUUGGAAAUUACCUGGAAUGGCUUGUCAACCAGACACCAGUGUAUGGUAUGAAACUUCCAACUGGCUUUCAGCUUAUUGGUCAAGUGGGUUUAUCUGAAUAUGAGAAGUGGGUUGCAUAUUUCUCUAGCAUCUCUCAAAAAGGAUGUCCAUUGGAACCUUAUGUUGCCAGAGCCUAUGCAAGGAUUGGUUUAAUGGGGAACCCAUCAGAUGGUUUCAAUGGCAAGACCAUAUCAAUGUCAAUAGCCAACUUUUGGGCUGAAGUUACUAUCCAGGAAAGUCAGCAGUUGGUGUUGGUGCCACACCCUCUGAAUGAUCCAACAGAAUUUGGAAGCUUGGGGGAUCUUCAUGGAAUAAGCCGAAAAGAGGGUUAUCUUGGAGGACUACGUUUACUUCAAGCCACCUGCAAAAAGUUCUACCAGUAUUGCUACGAGAAAGGUAUAGCAUUGGCAAAAAAGAACUUUUCCCUGAAGUAUGACACCAACAUACCCAGACAAGUGGGACUUGCAGGCAGCAGUGCAAUAGUGACAGCCACUUUGAGAUGUUUGAUGCAUUUUUACAAUCUUACUGACAAGGAUAUUCCAAAACCAUUACAGCCCAAGUUUGUUUUAGAUGUAGAAAUGGAUGAAUUGUUCAUUCAGGCAGGACUACAAGAUCGUGUGAUACAGGUAAACUUUAAAUUAUUAUGGUAUCAGGGGAGUACUCCCAUAUAUAGUGUAAGAUUAAGAAUUUCCGCAGACUAGAGGCCCCGCAGGCGCCAUAAAUAUUUAACAUCAAGAAUCAGUCGAGCGUGCAUCAUUAACUUGUAAGUAGUUUUCUU